UGCCAACCGCCAUUAAAACACAAAGAAGAAGAAGAACCAGCGGAGUUGAAAGGUCAGUGACGUCAUGGCGAAGAUGGCGGCGUCCGUGGUCGAAAGCGGAGAGGAUGCGUUCAGAAAAAUCUUUAAAUUUUAUAAAAGGAGAGAUCCUCCGCCAGAUCUGAAAAAUGUUACAGAUUUCUGCAGCGGAGCAGCAGGAGAAAAGAUAGUUUCAGUUGAACUGAACCCGGCAGCUUUAAGGGACGAGGACGCUGCCAUGGUUGGACUGAAGCCUGUCAGAGACUGGAGAGCCUUCGGCCUGCAGGGAUACCCAGGGUUCAUCUUCAUCUCCAAUCCUUUCCUGCGCGGCUCCCAAGCCUACUGGGUCAGACAGUGUUUGAAGACGUAUCCUCAGAAACCGAACGUGUGCAACCUGGACAUGCACAUGUCUCCGUCAGACACCCAGGACAUCUGGGGCAGGAGUGCACAAGUCCUCAGGUCUCCUCCGUCUGGAAAGAGCCAAGCGAAGACUCUCCUGGAGCGACUGCGCUGGGUCACUCUGGGGUUUCAUUACAACUGGGACACUAAGACUUACUCUGCCAAUCAUUUCACUCCGUUCCCGGCRGAUCUCCAGGCGCUCUCCUUCAGGAUAACGGCUGCCUGCGGGUUUCCAGGAUUCAGCUCCGAGGCUGCGAUCCUGAACUACUACAGAUCCGAUUCGUCUCUGGGAAUCCACGUGGACGAGUCGGAGCUGGACCACUCUUGGCCCCUGCUUUCGCUCAGUUUCGGACAGUCUGCCGUUUUCCUCCUGGGCGGCCCCCACAAACACGACGCCCCAACAGCCAUGUUCAUGCACAGCGGGGAUGUGAUGCUGAUGUCGGGUCAGAGCCGCCUGCUUUAUCACGCCGUCCCCCGCAUCGUCCCGGCGCCGCGGGAGCGCGCGGCAGACCUGGAAGACCUCAGCUCCGCCUCGUCCCCGCAGGAAGGAGGCGUGCUGGAGCCGGUAGCUGAGGAAGACUGGGCCGUGUGCUCCAGGUACAUCCAGAGCUCCCGGGUGAACGUGACCGUCAGGCAGGUGCUCGGGCCGGGCCUCAGCUUCCCAGAGACGCCGCCUACUUCUGUCCAAAGGAGUGACGAAGGCCGGACUGUUGGGUACCUUGAUGAGUCAGAGGAUGGAAACAGAGGGAAGAGGAAGAGGAGCUGCAGCGUCAGCGACUCUGAGCCUACAGAGACGUGAACAAAAAAACUCACAGAAACUGUUUUACUUUUCAAACUGUUCAAAGUAAAAUCCCCUUAAAUAAAUUAUUUUAAUUUUUUUAAAA